UUCCUACUGCCUGGAGUGAACUACCAAUAAGGACUCCGACUGUCAACGGAGGAUGUCUGUGGCGCAGCGCAGAGAAAUUGUCUAAACCUAUUCAAGAUACCUGUAGCAACUGUAAAAGUGUUGUUGUCGCAUCGGUGUAAAGAUCUCAUCAUUUUUUUUGUUAUAAGCAAUUGGAACAGAAAUAACAUUUACACACAUUCCCAUACAACAUCACCGUGCGCUGAUGGACAAUUACGCGCAGAAGUUGCGGUGCGUAAUCAUGAUAAUCAUCGCGGAUGGCUGUGUUUCAUGUUCUUGGAUUAUGCGUACAAGCUUGUUAUGAUACCUGGUCAUCGCCUUUCCUUCGUCUACAGUGGAGAAGAAAAGUAACAAAGGGACGCACAUGAUGAGAAGCGCGGGGUUGUUGCUUGGCUACUUUUUGGUGAAAGUUCUUGUAUGCGACGCGGAGGGGGAGCCAGGGCAGAAGCUAGACGGCUUUAUUAUGGUACAAACGGGUACUAACGAGUCAAAAUUGAACGGAAAAAAUAGCGUUUCGGAGAGUCCGCAUACAGAGGACAAGUGCCGGGGUUAUUACGAUGUGAUGGGCCAGUGGGAUCCGCCGUUUGUGUGCCAGACCGGCAGUUACCUGUACUGCUGCGGGACCUGUGGCUUCAGAUUCUGCUGUGAGUUUACAAGCUCGCGGCUGGACCAGACCACCUGCAAAAACUAUGACACCCCGCCGUGGAUGAUGACAGGCAGACCCCCGCCUAAGAAAAAAGACCCCACUCACGACCCCACAAAGGAUAAAACAAACUUAAUUGUGUAUAUCAUAUGUGGAGUUGUUGCCAUAAUGGCCCUCGUUGGGAUUUUCACAAAACUUGGACUUGAAAAGGCGCACCGUCCACACAGAGAAAACAUGUCAAGGGCUCUAGCCCAGGUGAUGCGCCAGCCUGGUCCAGGAGAACACUCAGAAGACAUUGGAGUGCAUGGACAGCACUAUGACAACAUGCAAGCCAACAGGGUACCUGCGAACAGUCUCCAGGCUAACCAGAUGAACAGUGUGGGUCCAGGAUCAUCACUAAUGCCAGGCUUAGGGUCUCCUCCCCACCCCUACCCUUCCCUGGGACAGAUCACUAGCCCCUAUGAGCAACAGCAACCUGGGAAAGAGCUCAAUAAGUACGCCUCCCUCAAGGCUGUCGCGGAGAAGGUUAAUGACAACUUCUACACCAACCGGCGGCACAUGGUAGAGAUGGCAGCCAAGGGCAGUCUCCCUAUGCACCCGAUGCAUCGCAUAGAGCAGGAGCCCAGCAACCCCUACAGCCCUCCCUUACAGCCUUCCCUAAAGCAGAACGGACACAAGUCCAAAAGCAUCAAGGGCCACAGCAGCCACAGCAGCAGCUCCCAUACCCUGGCCUAUGGCUCCAAUACAAUCACCAACCCGGGGAUGCAGAAGAACUGGGACGGCUCAGAGACGGUGGGCCGCCGGCAGAGCCACGGCACUAAGAAACACUGCACCAUAGAGCAGGUGAACGAGAUGCACAGCACCUCGCGCAGCCAGCACUACAUGCCUCCGCAGCCCUACUUUGUCAGCAACAGCAAGACAGAAGUGACUGUCUGAUCUGAGAACCCACCCCACCACCAUAACCACUAUAACCCCAGCUGUAAGAAAGAGAGAUCGAGAGAGAGAGAGAGAGAGAGAGAGAGAGAGAGAGAGAGAGAGAGAGAGAGAGAGAGAGAGAGAGAGAGCGAGAGAGAGAGAGAGAGAGAGAGAGAGAGAGAGAGAGCGAGAGAGAGAGAGAAAGAGAGAGAGAGGCUGAAGUAGGACAGCGGUCCUAGAUUGAGUGCACCUCUCUAUGGGUGCUGUGUGUCUACUAAUGUGUGUGGCUGACUGUGCAUGUGACAGGCAUGUGUGGGACUCCUGCCAGUCGGAGGAGUUUGACCCGAACAACAUACUCCAAACCUCCAAGUUUUCGGUCAUCACUGUAUUGAUGAUUAUAUUGCAACUAAUACAAACAAAUCAUAUACUGCAAGUCAGACUAACAUCAGUGAGCAGAGCAUAGUAAUGAUUGACCUCUGAUGGACAGAUUAGCCAGGAUGAGUCUGGAGCCAUGCAGCGAUGGAAGAGACUGGAACUGGACAAAAGCCCAGUGGCAAUAGACUUUUCCUAUUGUCAGUAUUAACUGAGAUCUCAAAGGGCCUGAAAAUGUGUAUCAUCUCAUGUAGUUUCCACUGAAUCCGCCUUGGAUAAGCCAGUGGGUUUGAACUAGACGCAGUGGAGCAGAUGAGUGGAGCAGCCAAUAGUAAAGGGAUACAUUGUUCUCCUCAACAUUGAUUGACAUUUCCUCAGAUGUUGUGUAGUGUAUAUACUGUGCGGGGACUUGUUGGUAAUGCUCAUGCUCGGGAACCUCAGGCUCAUGAUUACAUCUAUAGGGAAACAGUAACCAUUUCAGAUAUGGACUGUAUAUUCUCCUUCAGAAACUACAGAGCAUGAGGUGGAUGAGACUGCACCAAACCAGUUCUGUAGCCACAACGUUACACACACCCUACUCUGCUCUCUCUGGUGUUAGGGCUGUGCCUUUCUCUGAGGAAACUAUGAAAUACUGUUCAAAUCAAAGAGCUCGUCUUAUAAACCAUUGCAUAAGUUGUGGAAUUUAUUUAAAUGUCUUCAUCUUGCAAACAGGUCCACAGCUGUCAGUUGAAAACGGUGAGUUGCAUCUAUCACUUAAACAUUCUUUAUUUCUGUUUCCAUUCGAGAAUGCAUUGUGUGUGUUUACCUUGGUACCUUAGAACAAUGAUAGAGAAAACACAGAAGGAAUUGUGUCCUUUCCAUACAUGUAACGUCACUGCCAAUAAAUGAGUGAAUAUAUUGCCUAUAAUUCCAAAAUUGAUUAGUAUGGGAUUAAUAUUGUGCAGUGGUACCUGUUUCUCACCCACCUCCAUCAAUACUACCAAAUCUUUACAUGGCCUAGAGCCAGGCCCCAAGCUCAGACUGUUGUGGCAGUAGAAAACUACUGAGGGCUCCUUAACGGCUACCCGGAGAGUUGAUAAAGGGGUUGUGGAUGUUCCUGAAACAGCCAUGAAAGGUAAAGCCUGGGUAAAUAGAGUGGAUGGAUUUCAUUUAGUAUGAGAUCAACCCCUGGAUUAAGACAGACAAGGUCCUCUGAAAUCACCAUGAGUUGAUGUCAUUGCAUGCACAAAUCAAACUUGAACUAUCUGUAAAAGAGAAAUUGCAAUACAUUAUGUACUAAUUAUUGAUUAAAAAAAAGUAUUAUUUGUUUCUUAUUUUUCUUAUUAUUAUUUAAAAAAGAAAAUCUAAAUGUUCAUCAACUUUAUAAGAUAUACACAUAAAAAUAAAAUGUGUCAUUUUGAAUAUCGGGAGUAGCCUACUAAAACAUCUGAGAGUACGCAUGUACAAACACACAGGUCAAGAUGUGCCUGUCUUUUCCAUUGGGCUAGUUGUGCGUCAUCAGAAGAAAAAUAGUACAUUUUUCUCCCAACACUCCAUUCUUGGGAGCCCACACGAGCAACACAGUGCAUUAGCAUGCCACACUUACCAAAAAAAGCUUUUUAAAUAAAGGGCUUCUGAUUCAAUUUGCCAUGUGUUGCGUUUGUCACUGCCCACUGAUUCAAGAGCAGCCCACACUUUGUCCGCAUGUCUUAAUCAUGUCUCUCAACUUUCCAUGGCUUUCCACUGUCCAUUUGUCUGUCUACUAGUGACAAAGUGGCUCUAAUGGCUGGAGGAGUGACAGCCAGCAGCUUGACGCUCAUUCUCUUACUCACCACAUGAGAUCUGGUCAGAAUAGACGUGAGUCACAUUCCCUGCUCUUAGAACUUUGGAAAGCAUUAGAGGUGGACAAAAUGUUUUUAAUUUGUGGUUGGUACAGUAUGAAAAAACACAAGCCGACAUUUUUGGAUUAGACUAAGGGAACGAUCCUCAAUGCUGAUUUGCUAAGGCCUACUAUACUAGUGCUUGUAUUUUUAACCACAUUUGAACCAGAUAUAGUUGUGUGCCUGACUAUACAAUACAUAUGUUUUGAGUGUGUUAUCACAUUGUCAGUGAAACAUAAUGCACCAAUACUAUAGAUUGCUGCUAUAUGCUAACAACCAAGGCACCAUCUCCCAUUUCUCAUAAUGAAUAUGUUCAAACCUUUAUUUUGCUAUUGCUUGACGUAACUCACAGUCACACAAACUGCAACACGUUGUAUUGUUGUUUCAUCACACAAGCCACCUGUAUGUAGAAUUGUCUAGACUAGACUCGUCAUAUGUGCCGGUUUUGGCAUAUAUGCAACGCAUAUCAGUUCAACAUUUGCACCAAUAAGACAGAAGACUUCAGAAUACCAAUGUGUGUGAAGUGAUGCAAAACAAAGGUACACAUGUAUGUAUGUAUUUGGGUAUGACAUUUGUCUAUACAAAACAAUGUCCGACAAUAAAAAUGGCAAGGAAAAGUACUGCAAAUUUGCAUUGACUGCAAAAGGGCUGAUUCUUUAGGUCAUAAAUAUAGAGACAUAUUUAGUAUGGCUGUCCAGUACAUAGUUAAGGUGAUGUUUUGGUAGGGCCAUAGAAUAAGUCUGUGCCUUGUGUCCAAAUUAAAUGUGCACCUGAUUUAAUUGUCCAAA